AUGCCCGCCAACGCAGACGAAGCCACGGAAUUCCCCUUCUCGCUGGUGAUCUCUAUUCCCUUGCCCACCAACCGCCUCGCAUCGGCCGCUCUCCAGGCUAUUCAAGUCGACCAGGAACUGUCUUCCCUUGUCCGGCGCAGCCACGCCCUGGUUGCUCGCACAGGUUCGGUCGAACAAGCCGACAUCGACGACGACGACGAGAACAAAACGGUGCUCGAGACUACAUACCACGCGACGACGAACCGGAUGCUCCGGGUCUCGGUGAAUGGAUUUAUGGAAACGCUCGGGGUUGUGCUGGGGGUGAUGGAGGAGCUGGAUGUUGACGUGCUCAAGGAGGAAGCUGGUGCUACGGAGACGCCGAAGUGA